CCCGCGCGCAGCCCUCUGGGGCGGCCGGGCCACGCCGCGCGCCGAUUGGUGGCGUCCGGGGCUCUCCCUGCAGGUGACUGACGGCGCCGGCCGCCCCUGCCCGUCGCCCGCCCGCUGCCGCCGCCUGCCCGGGGUGUGGAGCCCGGCCGCUGCUCGCGGGCUGAGCGUCUGCCGCUGCUGCCGCCGCCGCCCAGCCUCCGCCAUGGACCUCUUCGGGGACCUGCCGGAGCCCGAGCGCUCGCCGCGCCCGGCUGCCGGGAAAGAAGCUCAGAAAGGACCCUUGCUCUUUGAUGACCUCCCUCCGGCCAGCAGUACUGACUCAGGAUCAGGGGGACCUUUGCUUUUUGAUGAUCUCCCACCUGCUAGCAGUGGCGAUUCAGGUUCUCUUGCCACGUCAAUAUCCCAGAUGGUAAAGAAUGAAGGGAAAGGCGCAAAGAGAAAAACCUCCGAGGAAGAGAAGAAUGGCAGUGAAGAGCUUGUGGAAAAGAAAGUUUGUAAAGCCUCUUCGGUGAUCUUUGGUCUGAAGGGCUAUGUGGCUGAGCGGAAGGGUGAGAGGGAGGAGAUGCAGGAUGCCCACGUCAUCCUGAACGACAUCACCGAGGAGUGUAGGCCCCCAUCGUCCCUCAUUACUCGGGUUUCAUAUUUUGCUGUUUUUGAUGGACAUGGAGGAAUUCGAGCCUCAAAAUUUGCCGCACAGAAUUUGCAUCAGAACUUAAUCAGAAAAUUUCCUAAAGGAGAUGUAAUCAGUGUAGAGAAAACCGUGAAGAGAUGCCUUUUGGACACUUUCAAGCAUACUGAUGAAGAGUUCCUUAAACAAGCUUCCAGCCAGAAGCCUGCCUGGAAAGAUGGGUCCACUGCCACGUGUGUUCUGGCUGUAGACAACAUUCUUUAUAUUGCCAACCUCGGAGAUAGUCGGGCAAUCUUGUGUCGUUAUAAUGAGGAGAGUCAAAAACAUGCAGCCUUAAGCCUCAGCAAAGAGCAUAAUCCAACUCAGUAUGAAGAGCGGAUGAGGAUACAGAAGGCUGGAGGAAACGUCAGGGAUGGGCGUGUUUUGGGCGUGCUAGAAGUGUCCCGCUCCAUUGGGGACGGGCAGUACAAGCGCUGCGGUGUCACUUCUGUGCCCGACAUCAGACGCUGCCAGCUGACCCCCAAUGACAGGUUCAUUUUGUUGGCCUGUGAUGGGCUCUUCAAGGUCUUUACCCCAGAAGAAGCCGUGAACUUCAUCUUGUCCUGUCUUGAGGAUGAGAAGAUCCAGACCCGGGAAGGGAAGUCCGCAGUCGACGCCCGCUACGAAGCAGCCUGCAACAGGCUGGCCAACAAGGCGGUGCAGCGGGGCUCGGCCGACAACGUCACCGUGAUGGUGGUGCGGAUAGGGCACUGAGGGGUGGCGCGCGGCCAGGAGCACGCAUGGUAUUGACUUAAAAGGUUCAUUUUGUGUGUGUGCACAUUGUGUGUUUUGUGUACUCCUGUGGGACUCCCAUGGUUGUAAAUAAAGGUUUCUCUUUUUUUUUUCCUA